AUGAAUUAUGAGGAGUUUCCCACAGAGAAUGGGACUGUUCCCGAAACUGCCAGGCGGAAAAUCUCACCCAUGAGUUUCAUGGCUCAUAAACUAAGAGAAUUAAUACGACCCAGUCGACUCCGUAGUCGUAUCUUCUUCUCUCUAAUUUUCAUAUCUUCUGUGAUUCUCAUUGUUCUUGGUAAAUGGCAUGCAUAUAAAAUCCAACACUCAGCAUCACAACUAGGCUCCUACGUUCCUGAAACAUUAGCAGGAGCUUUCAUACCAUCCGCUACCAACGAAAGCUCUGAAUGGGACGAUACUAUUUCUGUCCCUAGCAAUGAAAACAAUACCAAUACCAAUACAGAUACAAACCCAAAAUUUCAUCUUAUAAUCCCCGCCCGCAAGAAAUCACUGAAUCUUUGCAAAACUCUCCUUGCAGCAUCUAUUCUAAAUUACCCACCCCCAACACUCCUGGGCUUCAAAUUGGAAUCGGACGAAACCAAAGAGAAAGUAAAAGAAACUUCCACGCUACAAGAAGUACAAGACACGCUUGAUUUUCUCAAUGGGAAAUAUAUGCACGAUGAUGAUUUAGUGCUACUUUUAAAUGCGAAUACGUGGCUGCAACUUCCGGGCGAAAUUAUCAUUGGAAGAUUUUUGCGGAAUAGGAGGGAAGUGAAUGAGAAAUUACGUGAAGAAUAUGGUGUUGAGAGGGGUACGGAGGUGGAUACUGGAACCAUAAGGAAAUCGGGACAGCAGAAAUAUACACAGAAAGUACUUUUUUCCGCGAGGAAAGAUUGUGCUGUGAUGGAUAGGGGUGAGCGAGGAGAUGCAGAAGAGGGGAUGGGGGAAUCUUGUUAUGGGGAUGUGAUUCCCCAAUUUCCCUUCUUGAAUAAUAAAGGAGGAAAGAUAGAUCAAUAUAGGGAGUCCCCUCGCUUUAUCGAAAGCUCAUUAGCGAUGGGAAAAGUGCGGGAUAUCAAAGCACUUUGGAGUCGAGCGUGGGAGAUUGCGCAAGAGCGGGAUGGGGAUGGGAAAGGAAAAGGAAAAGAAAGAAAGGGGUAUUCGAUGCAGGAGAUUAUGACGCAGAUUUUUGGAGAACAGGAAGGGGGAAGGGUUGAGAGACGGAGGGCAGAGGAGUGGAGAUGGAGGGAGUGGUUGGAGGGGAUCUUGGGGGUAUCGAUUGCUGGAGAGGGGAAGGGAAGGAGAAGAUGGAGAAAUGGGAAUGGAAAUGGAAAUCGGACGUUGGGGGUAGGAGGGAAUAGUGAGAGGGGUGAUGGAGAGUUUGGAAUCGGAGUAGAUUAUACGUCGGGAAUUUUUCACACGGUAGGAAAAUCGGGGGAGGAAUUGAAGGUUACAUCGUUUAGUGAGAAAGCGGAGGAGAAGGAGAAGCAGAUCGUGAGCAGGAGAGGAGUUAUCAAUAGGCCAGUGAAAGAUAUCGCGAUGUCAUCUGCAGAAUUCGAAAACGUCCCCGGACCGCUGGAUUUAUGCGGCGCUCCAGAUAUAGAUAAAGACGCAGAUAAAGAUAAAGAUGUCAGUCAAUCGGUCAAAGAUCUCAAAACUGCAAGAGGGAAAAACGUUUCGUGGAUUCUAUACCACUUCUUACAUAUAGCAAUGGAGAUGGUGAUUCCCGGGGGUUAA